GAGCGAUAUUAUCCAGAACUGAAAAACCAAACAAAAUGAGAAUCACGCUAGCAUUGGCUCUGCUGCUGGGCAGCCUAACUGUACAGGGGAAUGGAUCGGAAGAGGAUCUGCAUCAAAAAAAAUUCGAAAAGGAUCUGCAAGCCUGCAUGACUGAGAACGGGGUGCAGAAAGACGAUUUUCUAGACCUUGUUCCCAACGAAAAUUGGACUAUAUCAAAUGUCAGAAAACCGGCCAAGUGUGCCGCCCACUGCUAUUACGUGGCAAGCGAAUUAAGCAAUUCGAAGGGAAACAUUGUGGACAAAGCUGCCAUGAAGGCAUUAAACAAGAACCGUUCUAACAAGGAUGAACUCGAUAAGGCUGUCGAUGAAUGUGCAAAGGAUCGAAAUUCAGAUCCCUGCGACAAUGCCUACCAGUUCUUUGACUGCAUAUUGCCUCAUUUCAGGAAUUCAACCGGAUAACUCCAAUAAUUGCUAGUUGAAAGCAGACCAAAAAUCAUAAAUCAGUUGAUUUAUAUAUUUUUAAUUGAUUACGAAUUGUUAUUGGUAGCUUUUCCUUCUUCUUAAAAUAGAGAUUUUAAGCUCGGUA